AUGGUCUCUCCAACGCCUCUGUCCCAGCCCGUUCCGACGCGGUCGCCGGUCACAGAUGAGGUGGCCAAUCUGCGUCAUCCCAUGCCCGAUUUGCAGUCACUACAAGGAGCGUACGUCGGCAACAUCGAGCGCCUUGAGGAACAUGCGGAGCGCAUGAGCGAGGGCGGCUCAGACUUGGGCGAGGAGAUCCGCAAACUACACACCCAACUGAAGCAGUCUGACAGCCGGCGAUCCUCCUUGCGUUCCAUCCAAACCUUUGACGAGCUCACACGCCAGCGCAGCCGCGGCCUGUCGGCCAGCUCCCACGCAAAUUCCAUUGUCGACCUCAAUGGCAAUGCACGAUGGGGUGGCUACUCGCCGGGGGGCUACAACAUCACCUCCCCGGUCGGCUCCGUUCGUUCCAAUUCCUGGACGAACCCGUCCAAUUCCUUCCAACGCCAGCGCUCCGAGUCCAAAACCUCGCGAUUAGGCCAGAUUGUCCAUCCAGAAGAAGUCGUAGAGGAUGCAGGAAGAUUCGAACAACACUCGCGCUCCCCGCGCUCACUCCAGUCGGCUCCUCUGGCUACUCACUCCAGUCGUUCACCACCCGCAGUCGAGCAACGCAAGGUUUCCUCGUUCACAAAGAUCUACGAUGAGAUUGCAAAUGACCUGCCGGAAGACUUGCGGAAUAACGUCAUCAUGGCUGGCACCCCAGAACGUUCCGGACCGACACAGGGUGACCACGAACACGACCACAACCAGUACCAACAGUAUGCAAGCCAUCACGACUACCCAGAUCGACCCCCCACCGCUGCCUCUACCGACACAACCCACCAAGCCCGUACCUUGUGGCAAGACUUUGACGGCACUCAUGCCCCGGAGACUGUGAUUGAAGAGGAACCCGAGUCACCGCACAGUAGGCAGAGUCGCAACCAUCGACGGCAGUCCUCGAACUUGUCAUUUCAGAUGCGUCCAAACUCUGAGAUGCCUCCCAUGGGAGCCCCUCCACCAGAUGACAACAUGGUCUUCUACCCAGCUCCUGUUCCCAAAAUGUUGAAUCUACCAAAGCGCCUAUCACAGCUGCCCGCCAGCAACGUCCAAGCCAGACGAAGGACCCAGCUCCUAGAAUCGAUGCAGCAAGAGAAUCGCAAAUCUGCCGCAAUGGUUGGUGACAUGGCCGACUUACCUCCUGCCAAUAACAGAAAGAGCCGUCAGAGCCUCAUGGGGCUACCCCCGCAAUUGCGUGCAAGUGCCUACUUUGAUCAGGCCCCACAGUCACAGGAGUUUGCAGUCAAAGGUGACUCUGCUGAGCAAACCCUCGAAAGCAUCCUCGAUGCUUCUGCUCGUGCCCCGGUUUCUGCCUUCACAGAUCACCCCUUUUCUGGCAGUUCCGGCAAAGAAAUAUAUGCACCAGAACAAAAGCGGAGAAAGUCUCAUCUACCAGAAGUACCUUCGACCCUUGCUCAAACGAGAAGGCGGAGUUCCUUCAAUGUGCUGGACACCAAGAAUAAUUCCAACGGCGAACCGUUGAAUAAGCUGAAGAAGCGCAACAGCUCCGCUGACAUGAAUCUUCUGAUCGUCAAGGCUAGCGAAAGUAGAAUGAGUCUGGGCGACGAACUUGAUGAACGCGACGAGGAUGCUCGGGGUCCACACAAUCAGCACGACAACGCCACGAAGAGGGACUCGUUUGAGAAUGAACAUCGCAAUCCUGACGAUAUCUACGACGAUGAUGAGCAUUCAUCAGCGGAUGAGGAAGAAAAGGAACCGGAGGAAGAAGAGUUGCAGUUUGGCGCGCCAACCACCUUGCUUGCAGAACUCCAAAUUCGACAGGCAAAGCAGAAAACGCGAACAGUGAAUUACGCAACUUUAGUUGAACAAGGCAUGAUCAAUUCGCGCAAGACUCUGCUUGAGAUGGACGAUGUUGCUGAAAAGGAAAAGCAAAGGCGCAUCAAGAAAAAGGUCAACCUUGCUUGGGAAGCGCAUGCCGAGGAAGAUGAGGACUCGGAGGACGAUGUGCCACUUGGUAUUUUGUAUAAACCUGGCGGUGGCCCACUUAGAAGAGAAACGAGUCAACCUACUUUCGGUUUAAUUGCACAGAGAGAGCUGGAAGAUAACGAGCCUUUAAGUCGUCGACGCAAUCGCCUGCGUGGCCUUGAUCCCAACAAACCUCGCGGCGCAAGCCCCAAUAAACAAGCACAACAGUAUGAAUCUCCCAGCCAGUUAAACCUUGCUGUUCCUACCACUGGGACCCCAGACCCGGAUGAUGGCGAUGUGGAAGGUGAAACAUUGCUUGAACGGAAGCAACGUCUCAAGGAAAAACAAGCCCUCAGUGCCGCUCUAGGAGAGGAUGUUCGGAAGAGCACAGUCAGCGGAGACUUCGCUUCAGAAAUGCUCAGCAAACUUGGUGUCUCACAAAACGAAGACACCCCUACGGCAGCAACAGACACUGCUCCGGCCGCCGACGAAGAAGAAACUCUUGGCCAGCGUCGUGCCCGUCUCCAAGCCGAAGCCGCUGCCCGUGGCGACAGCGCACCAGCUUCCCGCCCACCCCUUCGUUCUACCUCUAGCCUUGCAGACAUUCUCUCCCAAAAUCCCAUCAACAAUACCCACGAAGCGCGCAAAGUCUCGAAUGAAAUGCUCGUCUCGCACCUCCCGCAGGGAAGUCUUCUCCAGCAAAACGAAGUCGCAGCAGAGCGCAAGAAGCAACAGCGUCUUACGCAGAAUAUGCGUGCGAGUAGCUAUGGCGCCAUGCAUGUUGACCCCUUACUUGGAGAUGUGGGAGCUGAGAAACAUGACGAUGAUCAGCCUCUUGGAUUGAAGAUUCAGGCGUACAAGAAGGCCAUGGCUGCUUCUCCUUCUGCUGUGAUACUCCAGCAACAACGAGAGCAGCAGCAGCAGCAACAACAACAACAACAAAGUAUGCUAGGCAUGCAUUCUAUGGGAAUGAUGUCUACACCCAACCUCAUGGGCCACGCAAAUCCCCAGAUGAUGGGCAUGGGCGCUAUGCAGCCAUUUCCUCAACAACAGCAAAGUAUGAUGGGGGUGGGGGGUAUGCAAAUGAAUACUAUGAACAUGGGUAUGGGCAUGGGCGGUGUGCCGAUGAACAGUAUGAAUCUGGGCAUGGGCGUCUCGAAUAUGCAGAUGCCAAUGGGCAUGCAGAUGAGCAUGGGUAUGAAUGGGAUGCCCAUGAUGAUUGGGCCGAAUGGAAUGCCCAUGAUGAUGUCGCCCAUGGAUCCGAGGCAGAGGGAUCAGAUUGAUCGCUGGAUGCAGGGGAUCAGGCACUAG